CAGCCAAUCAAUUCAUUAAUAGCGCGUUACGUACUACAGUACAUGCCUCUGUUUGGCAGGUUGCUUGCAAACCCUGUACAGUAUUAUGGCGAAACAAACAGUGCAACAGCGACUCAACAAGCCAAAGUAAAAAAACGGUUCUUUUAAAGUGGGCUGGCUGUCAGAGAGGCUCCAGCAUACCCUCCGACCCUAGUCAGGAUUAGCGGUAACGAAAAUUGAUGGCUGGAUGGAUGGCUGUCGGAGUAUGUGCAAACAGAAGAACAACAGGUGAAACUGGAGAGGAGGCCGUGGACCGGACUCACAGAAGAAGACGAAAGACAGAGCCCUCUGGUUGUGUGUGUGUGCGUGACCUGGUGGGACUUUGAUGGGACAGUGAGCAAUGCCGGACGAGCAGCGACAGCAGGUUGGCAGUAGGGGGCGGUGCUCCAGCAUCCUCCCCCCUGUCCUCCACCUCUUUCUUCUCCUCUCUCUUGCAACCCAUUCCGGCCAAGCAGCCAUACACAUUCCAUCCAACUACCACAUAAGUGACCUCAAGAGGCCUCCAGUCAUCACCACGCAGCCGGAGUCUGUAACAGUCUUCAGCGUUGAAGACCUCGUCAUGACCUGCGAAGCCUCUGGCAACCCUCCUCCCAUUUUCCGAUGGACGAAGGAUGGAGAAGAGUUUGAUCCAGGCACCGACCCAGAGCUGAAGGUGACUGAGCGCUCAGGCUCAUUCGUGUUCUACACGCUCAGUAACACAAUGGACGCCAUGAAGCAGUACCAGGGCAAAUACGUGUGUUACGCAUCCAACGAGCUUGGGACGGCCGUCUCCAGUGAAGCCAUACUCAACACUGAUGUCCCACCAACUCUGCAGAAAGAGAAAAAAGUGAAUGUGAAAUCUGAGGAAGGAAGCAGCAUUGUUCUGGAAUGUAAUCCCCCACAGAGCUCAAUGGAGCCCAUCAUUCACUGGAUGGACUGGAAGCUCCGUCACAUCCAGCUGAGUGAGCGUGUGGUGGCGGGCAAGGAUGGUAACUUAUAUUUUGCCCACCUAAAAAAGGAGGACAGCAGAGAUGACUAUACCUGCAAUGUCCAAUAUCUUGCCACUCGCACCAUCCUGGCAAAAGAGCCAGUCACUCUGACCGUCAACCCCUCCAACUCAGUGCUGCGGAACAGGAGGCCCCACAUGAUGAGACCUACUGGAAGCCACAGCACUUACCAUGCACUCAGGGGCCAGACCAUAGAGCUCGAGUGCAUCAUCCAAGGCUAUCCAACUCCCAAAGUAUUGUGGGUUAGGAAGGACGGGGAGCUGUCGGAAUCCCGCACCGACAAAGAGAUGUUUGACCGCCGUCUGCGCUUCACCAAUAUCUCUGAGAGCGAUGCAGGGGAGUAUCAGUGUAUAGCUGAGAAUUCCCAAGGGAAGACCACACACACUUACACAGUGAAUGUGGAAGCUGCUCCGUACUGGACCAAAGAGCCAGUCAGUCAAUUAUAUGCUCCAGGUGAGAAUGUCAGACUAGACUGCCAGGCAGAAGGCAUCCCUUCUCCAACCAUCACCUGGACGAUCAACGGGAUCCCCCUCUCAUCGACUGACAAAGACCCCAGACGCACCGUAACAACCAGCGGUUCUCUCGUCCUGAAAGAUGUCAAUUUUGGAGACACUGCGAUCUACCAGUGCCAGGCCUCCAAUAAGCACGGAACCAUCCUCAUCAACACCAACAUUUAUGUUAUUGAGCUGCCUCCCCAGAUCCUUACUAAGGAUGGCAACACCUACACGGUUACCGAGGGCCAGAAGGUUUUGCUUGAGUGUGAAAGCUUUGGAUCUCCUAAACCAAAAGUCAUAUGGAACGGUGGCAGUGCUUCCACCCUUCUGGCGGAUUCCAGAAUUAACCCUCUCACCACUGGAGGGCUGGAGAUCUCCAAUAUCACACAUGACGACGAGGGCUUCUACGCUUGCUCUGUACAGAACACCAACUUGUCCAUUAGUGCGGAGCUGGAAGUGCUCAACAGGACAGUGAUCCUGUCGCCUCCUCAGGCUCUGAAGGUGCAGCCUGGACAGACGGCUAUCUUCACUUGUCUUUCCUUAGUGGACCCCAAGCUCGCCUCUCCACUCAUUCAGUGGAGAAAGAACGACCACAAGCUGUUUGCAUCUGAAAGUGAUGAAAAGUAUACAUUCGAAGGACCAGACUUAAUUAUUGCUAAUGCAGAACCUGAAGAUGAAGGAAACUACACGUGUCAGGUCAUCACUAAUCUGGACAUGGCCGAAGCAACUGGCACACUCACUCUAUAUGAUUAUCCGGACCCUCCUGUCCUUCUGCAACUGACACAACCUAAACAACGUACAGUCACACUCAGCUGGACUCCUGGAGAUGAACACAAUAGCCCAGUGAUAGAGUAUGUAAUUGAGUUUGAGGAUCAAGUUUCAAAAUCAAACGAGAAGGGUUGGGAAGAGUUGAGCCGAGUACCAGGGAACACAGAGCGUGCCAGUCUCUCUCUGUGGCCCUACAUGUCUUAUCGUUUCCGUGUUAUUGCCAUCAACGAAGUGGGUAAGAGCGCUCCCAGCAAGGUGUCUGAAAUCUACAGCACAGCUGCUGAAGCACCAGACAAUAACCCUGAAGAUGUCAGGAGUGAGUCCAUUGACCCAGAUACACUUGUCAUCACCUGGGAGGAAAUGGAUAAACGGAGCUUCAACGGGCCUGACUUCAAGUACCGCAUCCUGUGGAGGCGAGUGGUGGGCAGUGGACCCACCUGGCGCACUAACUACACAACAGCGCCACCAUUUGUUGUCAGUGAAAUCGGCAACUUCUCUGCAUUUGAGAUCAAAGUACAGGCGAUUAAUGAAAAGGGGGAGGGGCCUGAGCCGGACCCUGUUAUUGGCUACUCAGGAGAGAAUAUUCCACUGGAGGCCCCCAUGAAUGUAGGUGUCGCCCUACUGAACAGCACUGCCAUCAGGGUGACCUGGGCUGCUAUAGACAGAGAGACAGUCAGAGGACACCUGCUUGGCUACAAGAUUCACUUGACGAGAGUCAGCUCUCUGAGCCACCACAGAGCUCGAAGGGAGCCAUCCAUUACCGUUGUAGUGGCCACUGGGGCCAACGAGGAGAGGAAGGUGAUUGGCGAUCUCCAACCGUACUCCCACUACACCUUGACCGUCAGCGUGUUCAACAGUAAAGGGGAUGGCCCGCCUUGUGAGAUGCUGUCAUUCAACACUGCUGAGGGAGUUCCUCAUCCCCCAACAUCUCUGACGCUGGACAGUCCAUCUGAGACAGAAAUGACCCUGCGUUGGACACCACCGAGUCGGCCCAAUGGGAUUCUAAUUGGAUACCUCCUGCAGUACCAACAGAUCGUAGAGAGUGAUGACAGCCCUAUGCAGGAGGAGAAAAUAAAUGAUCCGAAAAUAAGCCACCUCACCCUGAAGGGCCUGGAUCGCCACAGCCACUACCGCUUCUACCUGAAGGGGCGCACUGCUACCGGGGAUGGAGAGCCCAUCAUGAGGGAAGGUGCCACCACACUGGAUGGCGCACCCCCAGUCAACAUCAGCGUGCUUCCUGGUGAUAACUUUGCUAACAUCAGCUGGGUGGCCAAGAAGAGGCACAGGAAUGUUCGAUUCCAGAUCCACUAUCUAAGGAAGAAUGAUGCUAAUAAAUGGAAGAAGACAGAAAAGGUGGACUCCUCCCAGUCUUUCUACCAGCUCCAGGAUCUGAGACCUGGUUCCCAUUACCAUCUGCGCUUCACCCACAGCAACAUCACCUUCUUUCAGACUGAGAUUGACACAGCGGGAACAGAAGUGACGGAGGUGCAGCCAAGCUUCGCAACCCAGGGCUGGUUCAUCGGCCUUGUGAGCGCCAUUGUGCUGCUGCUACUCAUACUGCUCAUUCUCUGCUUUGUCAGAAGGAACAAAGGGGGGAAGUAUUCAGUGAAAGAUAAAGAAGAAGGCCCAAUUGACUCUGAGGCUCGCCCGAUGAAGGACGAGACUUUUGGAGAGUACAGAUCUCUAGAAAGCGACCUGGAGGAGAAGCGCACGGCCAGCCAGCCGUCGCUGGGUGAGGAGAGCAAACUGUGCAGUGAGGACAACCUGGACUUCAACGGAAGCAGUGUGCUGACCACCGAGAUCAACCUAGAUGAGUCACUGGCCAGCCAGUUCAGUCGGCCCAGCGAGAGCCGGGAGGUGCCGAAUAACUCCCCACUUAACCCCACCACUGUUUCUCCCGCCCCCAAUGGCCUCCCCAACCAAGUCACCAUCCUCGAUUAGCCUCCAUGGAUUCGUGGAGGACCAUCAGACCAAAACAUGUCAACACAUACGUGCCCAUACACUCCUGUUCCCUGCUGAGUAGUUUGACGACUAACACGCAAUCAUUGUAUUGACAAUUCAGAUGCUUGUGGUGUCAUCUGAUGGACUGGACUGUCCUGACCAAAGGAGUGUCCGAAGUACUGGACAAUGUGACUAACCUUGACACGGAGAAAAAUCCUUUAACUCUCCCUGAUCCUUCUUCAUCUGUAUAGUGUGUAACACUUCAUCCUUUCUCGUCUCAAAACAGAAUGUCAUGCAGUAGAAAUGACCCAAGGAGGCUGUAUAUAUAUUGUAGAGCAGCUUGAGAGUGAAAGUGAAGCAUGAUGGGACACAGACAGCACAUGCUGCUGUGACACAUCGUAGAUAUUUAUCACUUUUUUUUUAAUUUGCUAAUUUCCCACAAUGUAAUUGCCAAUGAUGUGUUAAAACGGUGUUUGAAUAUGUUUGCUACAAUUUUUAUGAUUUAAUCACCAUUUCCAACACUAUUUACAUAUACAGUAUAUAAAAACGCCCUGUUUUGACUUCUCUUCACUGACAUAUUUUGUGGAUCUGACCGAGAGAACUGAAGCCAGGUUUUGUAUCAUAACCAACACUGAAUGCAUUAAGGGGAACUUUCUGUGAAAAUGCAGAGUAGCAUCUGGUGUAUAUAUUUGCAUCUAAAUGUAUCUAUCUAGCCAUAUUACAGUAUUAUAGCUCCUGGUCCUUACAAGUUCCUGUGCCUGCUGGGUUUUGCAUAGCGCACCAGAUUGAUGUCAUUACGUGCUCGCCUUUCCACCACAAGUGUAAUGUCAUGAUUGGAAAUGAUGUUGUAACUUUUUGUGUCAAGACCUUUGUGUACCUUUCUGUAUCUUGUCUUUGUCUCUUCCUACACUAUUGUCUCUUCAUACCUCUCCAUCUCACCUAUUCUGAGGAGCAUUAUUUUGUGUAUGCUUGCAGGUUAGGAGGUUGGCUAAGCACUCCCAAUUUCCAGACUUUUAUUAAUGCAGUCCAAUAUUGCAGAUAGGCAAAAUGAUUGACAGUCUUUGCAUAAUAAAGACAAACACACUUCAAUCCAAUACAGGCAAUGUAUUCUUUUGACUGCUGACAUUGUAGUUACAGUUCAGGACAAUUAUUCAUAUCAUGACCAAAUUUUAUUGUUAGUGAUUUUUUUUUAUUAUUUGUUGAAUAGGUAUUGUAGGACGCUAUGUUAAGUGAUGUUAAUUUGAAAAAAAAUGUGUAAAUGUUUAGUUUAUUAAUGUCGUGUUUCAUCAAAAUUAAUCAGUCAUUUUUCAAAUAUAUAUAUAUAUAUAUUUAUAUAUAUAUAUAACUUUCCUAAUUUUUAAUUACAUUUUUAUUUUAAUUUUUAUUUUAAUUUUUUACAUUUUGUCACAUCUUUUGCCAUCAUAAUUUCCAAAUAUUUUCCAAAAACAUAAACAAUGAAGAUAAAUGUUGUUCAUAUUUCUAAUGUAUUCAUAUUUUAAAUAUUUGUAUUUUUAUUUUUUUUAAAUUAUUCAACACAACCGUCAGAAAGUUGCAAAUAACCAUUCAACAAAUAAAAUAAUCAUAACUCAAGAUUUGGCCAUGCUAUGAAUAAUUAUGGGCUUAAAUGUACAUUGUGCUGAUUAGGUUUAGGUUGAUGCAUAAAGUUGGACCUUUUUCCUCCCUAAGAAAUGUAAAUACAUCCUUUAAAAGACUGCUAUGAAGAACCCAACCGUGGCCGCUAUAAAGAAAAUGUGCAGGAUUAAAACGUCUGAGCAUCAUCUUAAAGCAAGCAUUUCUUCUUUGUACUUCAUUUGUUAUGAACAAUCAGUAAAAUCUGGCUGUUUAGCAAACAAAGUUGAGGAUAAAAGAAAAUAGAUUUAAAAAAGCUGCAUUUUUUGGUAGAUGUUUUCAAUUUUUAUACAUAAUUGUACAAUAUUGUCACUUAGUAAUUACAUUCGUAUGAAUGCUUGCUUUCAUGCCAUCCAGCAAUGCACUGCAGUGACGUGACUAUGUGUUAUAUUUUGUCUAAUGCAGGCAUAAAAGGCAGGAUGCCGCACCAUAGGGUGUGACUAGAUGCAACGUGGCUAUCUCACUUCUCUCUAUUUAAAAAAAAAAAAGGCUUCCCACAAGCCAAGUAUCACCUGACCAUCCUGGCACUAUGGGAUGUCCACAAAUGCUUUGUUAAAGGCAACUCCUUGUUGUAGGUUAAUUUACAGACACACACAUACAUGCACACACUCAGGAUAAAUAGGAUCAUCUAUUUUCAUACAUAUCACAUACAGGGACGUAGAUGAGACAAAAUUAGCUGCUGCUAAACAUUUGUGUUCGUUGCUCUUCUUGCAAAUGUUGUAGCUUUCAAUGACACACAGAUACUCGACUGCCUCUGCUUUUACAUGUCAAGGGGACGUUGUUGUUCUGUGGUUGACCCCCCCUCUUUCUUUAUAGUUAAAAAACUAAAACCAAUAGAACAGUAAAAUAUUUGUUGGUGAUGAGAUGGGGGCACAAGCUUCGGAGGCAUGAGGGUUUUAAGUAAAGGAGUGUACAGUACUGCCGCUUUGGGAACGUGCCUCUUUGUUGUGGUGAGCACAACCUGAUGCAACCUGUAAGUGGAAAUGCCACAUACAAGUGUACAAGGGGCCAGUGCAACUGUAACUGCAUCAUCAAUCUACCAAUGUAACUGGAUAUGACUGAACAAUAAUAAAAUAUGUGGAACAUUCUACCCUGAUGAUGG